UUAUUCUCGGACAGAGAUGCUCUGCUGAACGCUUUGGCCACAUCCAAGGAUGUUCACAUGCAGAAGAUCGACCAGUGCGAAGAGUUAAUGAUUCACCGGUCUCAGACCUGGUAUUCCGACCUUAUGCAAGAGUUACGCAAGAAUGAGGAGACGGAUCGUCAUCUUCAUCGAGUCAGCGAAAUCAAUUUGUUCAUAGACCAACAGUACAUUGAGCUGGACAUCGCGGAUCUGAGUGCAAUUUAG